AUGGUCCUCCCGUUCAUAAUCCUCUGCUCCGCAAUUUGGCCCCUCAAAGUUCUGGCCGACUCGUCCGAUCUCCCCGAAUUCCUCAACGAAACUGCCGGAGAUGUCUCCGCCGAACCUUCGACAGUUCUCCCGCCCUCUUCUUCUCUGAGACCAUCCCGACCAAGGACCAUGUUCGGAAAGGAUUUGCACUGUCCGAGUGUCGAGAAUGCGGUUAGCACCUGUCCGAAAGGUACUCUCAUCUCCCCUCCAAUCACCUUUUCUUUAUUUCCCUUUUCAGAUACCAACUGGGUCUACUAUUCGUGCUGCGGAGGCGCCGACAUGUACUGCUGCGAGCACAUCCAGACGUGGCUGCUCUCCGCGCUCGCCGUCGUCGCCAUCCUCCUGAAGCUCCUGCUCAUCGGCUGCUGCGUCCGAUGCUGCUGCAGCUACAGUAAUUGACUACCGUAACCAAGCGUGCAGUAAUCCAAAUCCGUAUCAUUUCAGAACGGAAAACCCAGCAGAGCUACAGUUUCGAUGACAAAUGA